AUGCCGCGUCCGCGCCGGCCGCCCGGUGCUGGCUCGACGCUCACCACACUCGCCCUUCUCAUCAUCACGCUUGUGGCAGCUCAGCAGCAGCAACCACUCGACCACCAUGUCGGCAACACGUCUCCCCACGCCGAGGUGCACGUGCAGCAUGCAAACACAAUUAAACCCCACCACGGACACCCCAGCCUCAAAGACACUGUAGGGGACGCCCACAGACGUCAUGCCUACACGCCCUUGAACGACCAGAAUGUGCGCGCCGUAGCUACCAAAGUUCCUUCUGCUCCAGCCAUCAGUGCUGUCAGAGCCCAUCCUGCCAGAUACGCUGCCUCGGGAGGCCUCAUCCCCAGUGCGCGUUCUCUGCAGGAUUGGGAAGUUGAGGACUUUGUUCUCUUGGCGACCGUCGAUGGCCAUAUCCACGCACGCGACCGAUACAAUGGAGAGGAGAUCUGGGAGCUAAGCGGACGGCCCAUGUUGGAGACCAUCUACAACGUCUCCGAAGACAAGACCAGCCCCCACCACCAGCCCUUUGUGUGGGUCGUCGAGCCUAAAGAGGACGGAGCUCUCUAUCUCCUCACUCCAGGCCCCCACCCCCAGCUACAGCACCUGGGUGUCACAGUCAAGCAACUCGCCGAAAGUGCACCCUACUCUAGCGAUGACCCGGAACUCCCCGUCGUCUACAACGUCGAGAAGAAGACAUUCAUGCUUCUCGUCGACGCCGCCUCGGGCAUUGUCAAGCAGAGCUUCACUCCGGGCGGCAACUUCCCCUACGACGAUAGCUGCGCUCCCGACUCCAAGAACUUCUUCAGCACUCGGGAACGCGAUUGCCGUGGCAUCAUCGACAUUGGCCAGACUCAGUACACCAUCACCAUCCACAACAAGAAGACCAACGAGCAUAUAUGCACGCUCAAAUAUGCAGAGUGGAACCCAAACAGCCGAGACAAAGAUUUGCAGUCCCAGUACGAUCAGACCCUGGACAAGCAGUACAUUUAUACCAUGUACAACGGCGAAGUCAUUGCCUUUGACUACAAGCGACCGAGAUCGCACCAGCGUCCCCUCUACAGACAACGUCUGCCUUACCCGGUAGCACGUGUCUUUGACGUUGCUCGGCCUCUGAACGAUCAGUCAAGCGAGCCGCCCCUCGUUUUGCUCCCACAACCAGCCGGCCCCAUCUUCUCGGAUGACAAAGCUAACCACGUCCUGCUCAACACGACCGAAUCGGGGGCUUGGUAUGCUCUUUCAGAAGUCAAUUACCCCGCAGUCACCGACGGUGCACCCGACGCAGCUUGCUACAAGCAGAACCAGGUAUCAUACGACUGGGACUCAGCCUACGUGUUGCCGGAUAGGAGAAGCCUUAUUGGUGUCCACAGGCUGGACUACAGGAUCCCCAGCCAGCAGGCACAAUUGCCAGGCAUCGCCGCCACGACUUACUCUCCAACCUUGAACGGUCAAGUCGUGUCUAAUCCGCCUGUGACAUCACCUCAUGAAAACCCUCAACAGCAAACGAUUGAAGGGCCGCCUCAAACGCAGACGGCAAAAGCAUCCAUCACACUCUUUGUUUCCUUUAUGAUUGCCGUUGUCGUUUUGGGAGCUACUGUGAAACCAACAGUACGACAGUCCUCCUUGAGCUACCUCAACAGACUUUUGCAUCCAGCCAAGGCCACUCUGUCACCGACUCCACUGUCUGCCUCUACCGAGCCGGAAAUCGAUCAAUCCGUAAAACAGGAGACUCUAACAGUGCCUGUCAGCGAGGACGUCGUCCCUGAGAAGCCAAAUGUAGAAAGUGUAGUAGAGGCUGAUAUCGUCGCCCCUGUUGCUGAGGAAGUCAAGGAGAAGAAAGUGACUUUCAACGUCCCCGAUGACGAAGAUGAAGAUCUUUCACCUCUCUCUAGAACCACGACGGUUGAACGUGGUUCUCCUAGUGAAGACGAACCUACCCUAACUGGUUCCACACUCAACGCGGAUGCUCAACCCAUGACUAGCAGUAUCGACGACAUUUCGCAGGACCCAUCCGCCGCGCCCACGACUCCUAAGAAGAAGAAAGCACAUCGGGGUAGACGUGGUGGACGCAAGCUCAGCAAGAAUCAACAGAAAGAAGAAGACGAGGUAAAUCGCAUCGUGGACGCAGCUAAGCAACUCGAGGUCGGGCCUCGCCUGCAACCCGAUGAACUUACUGUGAGUGGUGGCGAUGUACAGAAUGUCUCCGAGAUCAAACGGAUCGGCAAGUUGACGAUCGACCAAGAUCGUCUUCUUGGCAACGGAAGUGGAGGAACGUUUGUCUUUGAGGGUAAAUGGAAGGAAGUCAAGGUGGCUGUCAAACGCAUGUUACCACAGUACUUCGGACUCGCAGAGCAAGAGGUGAAGCUAUUACAGAACAGCGACCCGCACCCGAACGUUAUUCGAUACUUUGACGAUGAGAGGGAUGAGAACUUCUUAUAUAUCGCCGUCGAACUCUGUCAAGCUAGUCUGUUUGACCUUUACAAAGACGGUCGUCCAGGAGAGGAACUUUCUGAAAGCCACCAGCAGUUGGUGAACAAGAUCAGCGGGAAAGCUGCAGCUUGUCUCUACCAACUCGCUGCUGGAUUGAAUCACCUUCACCAUCUUCGCAUCAUCCACCGCGACAUCAAACCCCAGAACAUACUGAUUGCACAGCCAUUGAUCACCUCCAAGGACGAUGUACGGCUAGUGAUAUCUGAUUUCGGACUCUGUAAGACGCUGCCUGACAACGUCAGUACCCUUGUCGGAACGACUGGCAAUGCAGGCACGGUUGGCUGGAAAGCGCCUGAGCUUAUCUCGCAACCGAAGGAGUUGGCCAACGGCAGCUCUCAAGGCUUCUCUCGCGAUUCAUCAAGCUCUACAGACCCGGUCGCGCAAGGCGUCAAGCGAGCCGUUGACAUAUUUUCUCUGGGCUGCGUUUUCUACUACGUCCUCACUGGUGGUUGCCAUCCUUUCGAUGACGAAGAAGGCUGGAUGCAGAUCCGCGAAUACAACAUCAAAAAAGAGAAGUCCAAUCUCGAUCGCCUGCUUCUCGGUGCCGAUUCCGUAGAGCCCCAUCGUCUCAUCCAUUGGAUGCUGCGACCCAGGCCCGAAGACCGCCCCAACGCCUUGCAAGUCAUGAACCAUCCCUUUUUCUGGGACGAUCAGAAACGCCUUGAUUUCCUGUGCGACUGCUCGGAUCAUUGGGAACGUGAACCCAGAGACCCACCAUCGGAACACCUGGCAGUGCUGGAAGAAUAUUCGGAAGACGUACUGGAUCAUAGACGCAACUUCCUCGCCAAACUUGACCAGAGUUUCAUCAACUCGCUCGGAAAACAGCGCAAGUAUACGGGCGACAAGAUGCUGGAUCUGUUGAGAGCGCUCAGGAACAAGAAAAACCACUACGAGGAUAUGGAGGAUGCAAUCAAGGCCAAGGUGGGGCCAUUGCCGAGUGGCUAUCUGAGAUAUUGGACGGUCAAGUUCCCGCAGCUGCUGAUGAGCUGUUAUGACGCGGUGUUGCGAUGUGAUCUGGAGCGCGAGCCGCGAUUUAAGAAGUAUUUCGAGAGCAUGAAGUAG